GCAGUACCCCAUGGCGGUUGUGGAGAAGAUGCUCCACGUCGCCCCCUUCUUCUCCUGUUCGGCUCCCGUCUUCGAAAACGGCCAGGAUGGAAGGGCAGCAAAGCUCUUACCGACGAGGCCGCCAGUUCCCUGCUCGGAGGAACCUCGGCCACCCAGCGCAAGAUGGCCGGCAAGAUGGAUCGAUACCAGUGCUCGGCCUGUCACCACCCGCUCAUCGGACACGGCGAGUUGAUGCAAUUGGAAGAGGGCGAACUCGAACGACGAGCCAACGUGGCGCAGCGCAUCCACAAAUUGAUAGAGUGCCGCGCCCCAAAGCCUCGCAUUACCGCCCUGCGAGAGGAACUGUUCCUGUCACCCGCCGAUGAAGCCGACGCUUCAGCCGCGGGCGAAGCCGACGCCAGCCCAGCGAUGGGCCAGCCUCCCUUUGAGCAGCCUGUCAUAGCACAGAUUCUGCACAAUUUUGUUUCACGAAUGUACAAGGAGGGGUCGGAGGAGAAGCAAAAGGCCACACAGCUCCGGCGACUAUUGGUGCGAGUCAUCGACGGCCACGAGCCGGCCGCGCCCGAGGACGACGACGAUUAUUACGACGAGGGCUCAGGCUAUCGAUUGAACUAUCGUAGAUGGCAACAAUUCUGUUUAAGUGGUGAAGAAGAUGCCAAUCACAAGCCGUCUAAGGUUAAUGGGCUGUUGACCAAAAAGGUCAAACCGCUCUACCCCUCCUUUAUGAAAGCCCUCGAAAAGCGCAAGCGAAAGAUCACAGGCAACACCCGAUCGCCCCCAAGGACCAAGAAGGCCCGCACGGAACGGGACGACGAAAUCGACAUCCUCACCGUGGUUGACGACGGCAAAGCGAAUAAGGGACCCGUCACCGAUGGACCGGUCAGGCCAGAUGGCUACGACGACAUUGAAAACGACGAAGCCGGCCAAGACAACAACAGUACCAACAACAACCAUGGGCUGGACGAUGGGUACGACGAAGAGGAGGACGAGGGGCUGGAGCCCGGCCGCAGCAUGUCCAUGGACGAGGUGCGCAUGCUGGUGCCCACCCCGGCGAGCGACCACGUACUGCUGGGACCCGAGACCGGCAUGGACGACAUGGGGUCGAGAGAUGAGAUGGCAAAGACCGAGGAGAAGAUGGGGACGAUCGGCUUCCAGAUCGUGCGGAACGACGGCACGCGGCGGAGCCUGCUGUGGCUGGCCGACCUGCGCAACGUCUUCUCCACCCAGCUCCCGAAGAUGCCGCGCGAAUACAUCGCACGACUCGUCUUUGACACGUACCACAAGUCGCUGGUGUUGGUGAAGCAGGGCCAGGUGAUCGGAGGGAUCACCUUCCGGCCGUUCCCGGAGCAGAACUUCCUCGAGAUCGCCUUCUGCGCCAUCUCAUCGGGCGAGCAAGUCAAGGGAUACGGCACCCAUUUGAUGAACCACCUGAAGGACUGGGCGAGGCAGCAAGGGACGCUGCACAUGCUCACCUACGCCGAUAACUACGCCAUCGGCUACUUCAAGAAGCAGGGGUUCACGCUAUCAGUGACGCUGGCGAAGAAGUACUGGCAGGGCUACAUCAAAGACUACGAGGGCGCGUCUCCGAUGGAGUGCGUGGUGCACCCGGGCGUGUCCUACGUCGACAUCCCCAACAUCGUCCGCCGCCAGAAGGAGUGCGUGAUGGCGUGCAUGAAGGAGCGGUACGGCGGCUUCGGUCGGGUGUAUGCGGGCCUGCAGUGCUUCAAGAAGGGCCGCCGCAUACCGAUCUCGCACAUCCCCGGCAUCGAGCGGACGUCGCACGGCGCCCUGCGGCCGCCCACGGCCAGCGUGCGCGAGGAGCGCGAGUCGAUGGAGUCGCUGCAGGUGGUCUUCCGCGACGUGCUGCGUUCGAUCAAGGAGCACCCCUCGGCCUGGCCCUUCCUCCAGCCGGUCGACAAGAACGAAGUCUGGGACUACUACGACAUCAUACGCGACCCCAUCGAUUUGGAGACGAUGGAGAAGCGACUCGACACGGGCCAGUUCUACAUCACGCGAGAGAUCUUCAUCGCCGAUCUGCGUCGCAUGUGCCAGAACUGCCGACGAUACAACGGACCCAACAACGUCUACUACGACUGCGCGGAGACGAUCGACCGGUUCGUGGAGGAGGUCUUCUCGGCUCCGCUCGGGCACUGGGAGAGGCCCAGGACACGCAAGAGCGCCAAGCCCCUCCUCCCCUGA